AAUGGAUUAAACUAUAUAUGGAUUGAAUCGCUAUGCGUUAACAGGGACUCGAGGUCGGAGGUAUCUGAAGCCAUUAAUUCUGGCUGGAAAUAUUUUCAAUCUGCGGCUCUCUGCUUGGUCUACCUCCCUGAUCUUCCCUGCGGGACCUCUCAACCUGACGAGGAAACGUGGAGGCUAUCUCGAUACUGGUCUCGGGUCUGGAGUCUCCAAGAGCUUGUAUUUGCCUCAAGGAUCUGCUUCUAUGACUCAAGGUGGCAUCUUCGAGGUGAUACUUCUUCAGAAGGAUUCUCGUCCUUGCUUUCGCGGGUCAUCGGCAUCGAUGGCGAUGUCCUAGCCAAACACAAGAGCGUUCACGAGAUUUCGAUUGCACGGAAAAUGUCAUGGGGAGGAGGCAGAAUUUCACCCCGUGCAGAGGAUUUAUCAUACGCCCUUCUUGGCAUCUUCGGUAUUCGCAUGCCGAUUGCGUACGGUGAGGGUGAAGAAAGCGCUUUUCGGCGUCUUCAGGAAGAGAUUCUAAGAACGACCAGCGACAUGACUUUAUUCGCCUGG